UUUGUCAGGUAAAACAAAAGUUCAUCGCAACAUUAACAACAAAACUCUAACCGUAGAAAGAAGUGAAUUUUGAUUUGCCGGAUCGAAAUGGGUGAUUUUGUUCAAAUAAACGUAUCAAAUUCUCAAAAUGACACUGUUAGUUUUGAGAAAAAGUUCCCAAGAGAUAUUAAAAUUGCCGAGUUAAAGGGAAAAUUGGAAGUCAUAACAGGUGCCAGUGCUGGUACAAUGCAACUGUUAUUAUUUAGUGGGGACAAAUUGAUUGCACAGUUGAACGAUGAUGAAGCCGAGCUCGGUUCGUUUGCAAUCGAAAAUGAUAUGCGAUUACAUGUUGUGGACAAUGUUCAAAGUUUUAUCGACGAUGGAAAUGUGGAAAAAUUCGAUUUGACCGACAAACAAUACGAUGAACGUCGCAACACCGUCCGUGAUUAUUUGAAAACACGCCGUUUGGGUAAAUACAAUGACGAUGAAAUGAAAGCCAUCGAAGAACGUAAAAAACAAGAACAACUUGAACAAGAACAAAAAGCUGAAUCGAUUAAUAUUGGCGAUCGAUGUUUGGUAACAGCAAAGGGACCACGUCGCAUUGGAACAAUCAGAUAUAAAGGCACAUUUCAUCUUAAACCGGGUAUUUUUAUUGGCGUCGAAUUCGAUGAACCGUUAGGCAUCCAUAAUGGCAGCGUUGAUGGCACGAAAUAUUUCGAAUGUCAAGAGAAAUACGGAAGUAUGGUACCCAUCGGUGCUAUUGAAGUCGGUGAUUUUCCUCGCGAAGACGAUGGCCUAGAUGAUGAUGAAAUCUAACAUGAAUCUCUAUCUACCGCACGGCUUUGAGCUUUGAAACUAAAAUGUGAUUUAAAACAAAAAUAACAACAAACAAAUGAUAAAAACAAAGAGAUUUUUCAAUAUAAGUUUUUUUUUUCUGUCAA